AUGGCCGCGAGCAAGCAAUGGACGCGGGUGCGCACGCUCGGCCGCGGCGCCUCGGGGGCAGAGGUCUUCCUCGCCGCGGACGACGCGUCAGGCGAGCUCUUCGCGGUCAAGUCCGCGACGGCGGCGUGCGCCUCGGCUCUUAAGAGGGAGGAGGGCCUCAUGGCCUGCCUGCACUCCCCGUGCGUCGUCUCCUGCCUCGGCGGCCGCAGCGCGCGCGAUGGCUCCUACCACCUCUUCCUCGAGUUCGCCCCCGGUGGCUCGCUGGCGGACCGGGUGGCCAGCAACGGGGGGCUCGACGAGCGCGCCGUCCGCGGGUACGCGUCCGACGUGGCGGCCGGGCUCGCGUACCUUCACGGCGCCGGGAUGGUGCACGGGGACGUCAAGGCGCGCAACGUCGUGAUAGGCGCCGACGGCCGCGCCAAGCUCGCGGACUUCGGGUGCGCCAGGAAAGUGGGCGCUGGCGUGCCGAUCAUCGGCGGCACGCCCGCGUUCAUGGCGCCGGAGGUGGCGCGCGGCGAGGAGCAGGGCCCCGCGGCCGACGUCUGGGCGCUCGGAUGCACGGUCGUCGAGAUGGCAACCGGCCGCGCCCCGUGGAGCGGCAUGGACGGCAACGCGCUCGCGGCGCUGCACCGGAUCGGCUAUACGGAGGCAGUUCCUGAGCUGCCCCAGUGGCUGUCCGCUGAGGCCAAGGACUUCCUGGGCGGGUGCUUGGUCAGGCAGGCCAGCGACCGGUGCACGGCGGCGCAGCUCCUGGAGCACCCGUUCUUGGCCUCCGCCGUGGUCGACGCGAAGCCGCAAGCCACGGAGAGCAAGUGGGUGUCGCCCAAGAGCACGCUGGACGCGGCAUUCUGGGAGUCGGAGUCAGACACCGAGGAGGCGGAGCACGACAGCACGGCCGAGAGCAGGAUCAGAGCAUUGGCCUGCCCCGCCUCGGCGCUCCCGGACUGGGACUCCGAGGAGGGCUGGAUCGGCGUGCUCUCCGCGCCAACCGAGGCACCCGACGCAGUGCCCGUGCCGGCCAAGGAGUCGACCGUCAUCAUCGCGGACGACGCUAUCACAAGUGAAGAAGGAUCGGUAGAUGCAGAGUCCGGCUUUCUGGACAUUUCCGUUGACGUAGAGCACAGCAGCAGCUUCCUCACCGCAGGAGAUGCAUCUGAGGAUGACGCAGUCGGGGGCAGCACUGGCAGCGAUCAGUUUUUGAAGGGUUUAGUUUCUUGCCGAUUAGUGUCAUGUAAAUUGUUACUAGUACAAACAGUACUACUGUUUUGCAACAUAAUCAUCAAUGCAAUCGAUUUCGUUCUUGCACAAACAGUUUUCCUGCUCCGCGCCGCUCCUCUGUUUCACCGUGCUCCCCGUUGCAACUGA